AUUUUCAUAUUUGAUUUUUUUAUGCUCAAAACCUCUUAGAUAUUCAUAUGAAAAGCAUAAACGAAUAUAUUCGUAUUAAUUCAGCUUUCAUUAAAUUUAUAAAUCAAUAUUGUUGCAUUCGCUGCUGACAAAAUUCACAUAAAAUUUGAUUCAUUGGUAUUUUAAUAUUCAUAUAUUUUCAUUAAAAUAUUGUGAAAAACGUCAAGCUCGUGAGCUCUUAGCGGCUUACUUAAUGUGUAUUUAGUAUUAAAAUAGAAUGGAAUAGGUUUUGGGAAUUAAAUUGUAUAGCGGAAAAUGUUGUAGGAUGAGCUAGCUAAGGGAAUUCGAAUACACAAAUAAAUGUACAAAUGUGCUUACACACGAGCUGCGUUUGUUUGCGAUCUAACCCCUGGCUGCCUCUGGUUGGCUGGGCUGACUCUGUUGGCAACCCUAAGCCCUUUUUGUUGGGGCAUUUAAAUUUGUUAAAGCGCUGGCAAUUUGACUGACAGUCGACGUCAAAGGGCGCAUGUACUUAAUACGCAGACGACGUGCUGCUCGACAAAACAAGCAUAAUAAACGUCAGAGUGCCAAAAAAGAAUAUACAUCUACAUAUAUAAGAAGGGUUGCCCGCCCCCUUGCAGCGUGCAUCAAAAUGCCAUAAAGAACAUGUUGGCGAACCAAUAAAACGUAGACAGCAGUGAAAAGAGGAAAACCGACAACUAAAUAAAUGAACUGCAGCCGUCUCAGCGAAACAACUCAUACGAAUGCGAACGAGCCCGAAGAAGGGGGCUCACGUCGCAGGAAGACUGAAACAGUCAUGUGUGCGAGUGCGACUAGGACACUGGGAACAGGACAUAGGACACAUAACAUAGGACGCAGAGCGCAGGACGUUGACGCAGGACCUUCCGCCAGGCGAUCGAGCGAUAGGCAUCCUACACGCUCAUCUUGUCCGAAACUUGGGUCACAAAAUACUGAGCUGGAAGCGGGCUGCGGUCAGGAUGCCGAAAUUUCGAGGCUGCCGCUGCUGCUGCCGCUGCCGCUGCCUGAAAAUGUAAAAAGAACUUGGCAGCACACUGCAAAUGGGCAUAAAAUUAGUUAGGUCAGUCGUUGGGCACACACGUCUGCGGAUGUGACCAGGGAGCAGUCAGCCAGUCAACGGAUGCCCUUGACACACAGAGAAAGCGAGAGAGCGCGAGAGGGAGAGAGCGAGAGAGAGAGAAAGAGAGAAGGAGAGGAGGAAAGAGUGAAUGACAUAGCACAAUGAACUUGGCCUUUGGUUUGCCAUGCACAAACGUUUAUUAUGUUGAUAAGAAAAGCAAAACACAACGGCAUAAAUAAUGGCAGCUGCUCAUUUGCCUGUAAUUUAGUGUUCAGCAGGACGCUGACUGAUAACCGGGCGGACAAAGGACAAAGGGACAGCAACACAUAACCAAAACGGCAAAAGGUUGCUGCUGCUUGACAUGCAGAUGGGCACGCCACGCUCAUAAUUUACUCAAAUUUACAUGUGGCAAAUCUGUCACAUCUGCCGCGCACUUUAAGGCCAUUUUAAAGUUGGCCUCACGCAGCAGCCAAUUCACCUGCACGAGCCACGUUAUGCAAGCAGCUAACGCCGCAAGUCCACGCAGCAAUCGCGGAAUUGUGUAAAUUUGAAGCCAUAAACGCGCGCUGCGCAACUGCAAAUGCGAUUUGAUGAUUGCUUUGCGGCAGGGCUCACGGGCCGUAUGAGCGAUUUCUCUGUGUAACGUCUGUAGCGAUUGAUGGAAUGUGUGAAGUGUUGACAACUUAGCUUGCUGAUGUUGAGAAGACGAUUACAAUUUGAAUACAUUUAUAAUUUUAAAUUAGAGAUUUACAUUUAAAUUUAAAUGAAAAUAACA